AUGAUCAAUCUUACGUUUCAACCGGCUGCCUUUGGCUAUGAUGAAACAGUACCAGAUCAAGCAGCCGUUAUCGGAUGGACUACGGGUUCGCUAUACUGGUUCAAUCCGAUGAAUCUGGCGUUUAUUCGAAAUAGUUCGAUCUGGACCAGCUUGAGCCUUUCAUUACACAAUAAUUCAAUAUUCACGGGUCUAGAUUCACAUCCUGCAAUUAACGUGUUCGAUAGUCAAACGAAUAAUCAGAUAAUCAAUAUUAGUCAUGCGAGCUUGACACAGACGCGCAAAUACAUUGUGUCAUAUAACUAUCAAAAUUCAACAUGGACAUAUAAAUCGUUUGUCAAUGCUACGGGAAAUUCCGCCGGCGCCCAUUUAACAGUAGACGGGUGUGGAAGAGUUUGGUACGUUAUUGGUACAUUUGGUUUGCGUAUUUAUGACUGGUCGGGUGUGGAAAUUGCCAACUGGAAUAUGACAUUGGCGCCACACAGUAUUUACGACAUUCUCUUUCUUCCUAAUUAUGUUCUAUUAUUGACAAGAAGGGAAGAUCAGAAAAUUAUCCGCUACGAUCCUCAAGUAUCAUGUUCAUGA